AUGUCGGACCAGGCACGUUGGAAAGCGACGGUCUAUGUGGGUGGUCUAGCACCUAUGGUAAAUGCAGCAAACCUUCAUGCGGCAUUUCUACCUUUCGGAGAGAUUGCAGAUGUUUCUCUCCCAAAACCUGACGGGCCAAACUCUACCGAGCUUCAUAGAGGCUUCGGGCAUGUAGAGUUUGAGGAUCCAGAAGACACGAAGGAUGCCAUUGACAAUAUGGAGGGAGCCGAGCUGUUUGGCAAGGUAAUCAAGGUAUCCGCAGCAAAGCCACCGAAGAACGUGAAUGAGGGACUGGGAAGCAAGACAGCUUUGUGGGAGCAGGAGGGCUGGCUCGCAGAGAACGCUGUGAGUGAAGAGGAUAAGAUGGCAGCAGAUAGAGCAAAAACAGGUGCAGAUGAUGCUCCUUAUGAUCCUAUGCAGGGCUUGGAAGGACUGGAUGUCGCUGGUCCCAAACCAGCUUGA